CACAGUUUGGCAACCGGCGCGCUGCGCGGAAGAGCGGCGUGUGCUCGUAUUCAUUUCUCUGGAAAUACUUUUUGUGAGUCACUAUGGCCUCAGAUGACAUUGCGCAGUUGGCUGAUGCUCUCUCUAAGACCCACGUCAGGGAUGGGGAGCUGAGCUACAAAGAUUUGGGACAGAAGCUGGACACCGAAGAAUCAGUGAAGGACCUGGUCCGUGAGAUAGAGCAGUAUCAGGACUUGAGAGCUCUGUGUCUGGAGGGCAACACUGUAGGAGUAGAGGCAGCCCAAGCCAUCGCCAAAGCCCUGAAGAACAAAGACCAGCUCCAGAGAUGCUACUGGAGCGACAUGUUCACUGGAAGGUUGCGCUCAGAAAUCCCAACAGCCCUGAGGUCCCUGGGUAGUGCAGUGAUGUGUGCAGGAGCCAGGCUGACUGAACUGGACCUGAGCGAUAACGCCUUUGGGCCAGAUGGUGUAAAGGGAAUUGAACAGCUGCUGAAAAGCCCCUCCUGCCACACCUUAAGGGAGUUGAAGCUUAACAACUGUGGUAUGGGGAUCGGAGGAGGAAAGAUCCUGGCUGAAGCUCUGACUGAGUGCCACAGGCAGUCAUCAGCGCUUGGAGCUCCUCUUAAACUGCGGGUGUUCGUUGCAGGAAGGAACCGCCUGGAAAACGAAGGAGCCAGUGCCCUGGCCAAAGCCUUUCAGCUUAUGGGAAGCUUGGAGGAGGUCCACAUGCCCCAGAAUGGCAUAAACUCCACAGGUGUGAUGGCAUUAGCCUCAGCCAUGCGACACAACCCAGAGCUCCGAGUCCUGAACUUCAAUGACAACACUUUUACUAAGAAGGGAACGCUGGCCAUGGCACAGGCUCUACGGCACCUGAGGAACAUCCAGGUGAUCAACUUUGGUGACUGCCUGGUCCGCCCUGAAGGAGCUAUCGCUCUUGCUGCUGUCCUCAGAGAAGGAGUGCCAAUCCUUAAGGAGCUGAAUUUAUCAUUUGGAGAAAUCACUGAGGCUGCAGCUCUGGUUGUAGCUCAGUCUGUCAUCAGCAAACCUCACAUGGAAACAGUGGAUCUGAAUGGUAACUGUCUUGGGGAGGAGGGCUGUGAGGCUCUGAGAGAAGCUAUGGAGAACAUGGAUAAAGGAGACUUGCUAGCAUCUCUCAGUGAUGAUGAGGGAGAACCUGAUGAUGAGGAUGAGGAAGAUGAUGAUGAUGAUGAUGAUGAUGAUGACGAUGAAAGUGAUGACGACUGUAAAGAAGAUGAGGAAGAUGAUGAAAUUGUAAGUGAAGAUGGGACACCCAGAAAAGAUGACAGUCCAGAGAAACCCCAGAUCUCAGCAGAGAUAGCAUCUUUCCUCAGCAGUCCCUCUACAGAGAAGCUCCUUCAGCUGGGAGAGAUGAGAACAAACUUAAAACAACUGGUGGAUGCAUCUGACCCACACAAUGCAGCAGAUGUUUAUCUGAAAAUUGCUUCUCUGUACAGCGAGGAAUCAGAGACAAAGUCAGCGGUCUUUGAAUCUGUUGAUGCUGUGUUGAAGAAAAUCCUCUCGGGCUCAGACCUCCACUCGUACUGUUUCCUCUCCACACUGAUGGUCAUGAUGGGACUGCUCAAGGGAGAAGGGAAGGUGAAAAAGGCUUCACUGGUUCCAGGUCAGCUGUUGUGUUUGGAGCACGCCAUCCAGCAGGAGUAUUUCCACCUUCAUCAGGCCUCACUGCUUCACACCUUCAUGACCAAGAACAGUGGAGCUCUCAAGUCAUGCAGCAGUGCUUCAGAGAGGCUGAGAUCAUCUCUGAAAAAGAAGAUUAACGAACAACAGUGAUUUACAGCUGCAAACCACAAACACUGGGACAGACACACUGUAGCAACGUUAACCACCUCAACAAUAAAACCCAACAGGGACACUUUACACUUAAACUAAAGGGACUCAGACGACCACUUAACCUAUCUCCACUCCUGAUUUGUAUAUUUUAUGAAGGAGCGACAAAGACUUUGCAGAUUCUCUUAAUUUUUUAUUUUUCUACUUAUUCUUGUGACUUAUAUUUUUAUAGAAAUAUAGAAACAAAUAACUAAAAAUAUAGAAAACAAAAGUUGAGCUUUGAGUUAAUGAAAAUGAAACUGAUUACAAGUAAGACUAACAUCAGACUAACAAUCCGGCAAUUUUAUCAACACAUUACAUUCAGUUUCUGUGGUUUCACAAUGCAGUGUUGCAAACAACAGAACAACACAUCUGUUACAUAUAGUGUCUACAUGCAGCAGAGGAAGUGCCUAGAUGAUCAGAUUCAUACUAUCAGACAAUGAUAAAUUAUGAAUCUUAAGUUUAAAUUAAGAUAUUGAUAAAGUGCAAACAUGGAUUUGUUGUAUUUUUAGACACUCAGAAAACAAGCCUUGAAAUGCAUUGGAAAACUUAAUCAAGUGCCGAAACAAAAUCAGUAAAGCUAUUGGGAUGCUUUGCUUAUUUUCCUUGAACUGUCAUUGACAAAAUCUGCUCUGAAAGGAAGGCAAACUUUUAGGACAGUCUGUCCUAUAACAAUCUCUGCUCCUGAGGGCCAGUAAGUCAGAGCGCUGUGUGCAUCUGACUGAGCAGGAAUGGUCCGCAUGCUUGAGCCUGAAUACACUGUCGUUGUGUGCAUCGCCCUGCACAGAGAACAGUCACAGUGGUGCACACCUCCCAGGACCACGAUCACUUUUACCUGAUGUAGCCUCUGAUCCAGAAUCAGUCUUACUGACAGCUUUGCUCUUAUAUGACUGUGUUACCUCAUGUCUGUGAUGAAUUUCUGAAUGGAAAGAUGAGCAUUGAAAACAUUUACAUGGCAUUCAGAACAACAGUAGAGUGUGUGGACUGCAUUUAUGUUGUCAGGAUGAUUUGCUGUUCAUUUGAAAUAUAACUAACAAGCAGAUAACUGAUGUCUCUGGUGAUUCAUUUAAAUUGAGUGCAGUCAGGUUUGUCCUGGGGCUGGUUGAUUUAUACCAAAGAUCAGCUAUCACUAUCUCUUAAUAAGCUGAAUGGCAAUGCAUGAUUUCUUGAUAUUUUUCUGUAAAGGAGUAACAAAUGGUUGUCUCAAGACCAGUAUUAUACCUUUAUAAUUCUGGUGAAAAUCAAGUGAUAUUGAACCCUCAAGCAACACCAGUAGAAGUCCCUGGCACCCAGCAUUGGGCAAUUUUUAAUUUUCAAUCUUAAAGCAUUGCAAAGUACACACAGUUGAGAUUGUGCAAAAAUAUUAGAGACAUUUCAGUAUGCCAAGAUAUUUGACACUCCUCAAUAUCGUCUAAAAAUUCUAAAGUAUAUCAAGUCUUAAUGAGUCUUCUUAUAAGUACAGAAACUUGAGAACAAGGAGAUAGCAUUGUGAGAGAGAAAUGUCUAAAUUGCACAGUUACAUAACAGUAAUACAAUGGUCAGUAAACCAGCAUCUGGUAGUUUUGGCUUCAUGGUAUCUCAAGACACUGUAGAAAGAGGGCAGGUUGAGACCACUCUCUGUUGAGGCCUUUUAAAACAGCAGUAAUAAUCAUGAGACAUAAACCUCCCCUUUUAUAGGGCAAGACUGUCGAGCAGACCAGGCUUGUGUUGACAGUCCUCUGCUGAAGCUGCACUAGGGUUGGAAAGGGCUAGAAGGAGGUUGAGGGUUGGGAGAAAAGCAAUAAGAGGGGGACAGGAGAAACAACAAAAACACCAAAUGAAAGGCAGUUGCCACCAUAAAAGUAUCUCACAUUUCGUAGGAAAUUGCUAUAAAGGUGCAAAGUCCUGCUGGAAAACAAAUCAGAAUCUCCAUAAAGCUUCUCAGCAGACUGAAGCUCAAAAUGCUCUAAAAUCUCUUGGUAGAUUUGACAGCAUUUACUCUGGAUUUGAUAAAGCACAGUGGACCAACUGUAGCAGAUCACUGAUUGUGGAAACUAAUAGUUGAUUUCAAGCACUUUGGAUUCUGUCCCUCUCUGAUCAUCCUUCAGACUCAGAAUGAAAUCUGAAAUUUGAUUUCUAAAUUUUUUUUUUUUAAAUCUGAAAACAGGACUUCAAACCACCGAGCAAUGGUCCAGUUCUUUUUUUUUUU